AUUGAAUAGGAAAAAGGCGCCAUUGUUGCCCUGAAAAUUACUGAUCGGCGACAAUGUGAAGGCGCACUGUAGUCUUUGUUUGUGGGCAUUUCCUGAUCAAACUGGAGGCUCAAAAUGAACCCAAAUCGGUGAGAAAUCUCUCUAAAUUCCAGCUGCUUGCCUUGGAGGGCAUCAGGCGUAUGAUGGAGCAGUCACCAGCCCUGGGAUUUUGGGAUAAAUCGAGUGAAGAUCAUCUCUGCAGUCGGUUUCCCGUUCACCGUGCGUGCCGUGAUGGAGCGGCGGGGGCUUUGUCUGUGUUGCUGGCGCAUGGCGAGUAUGAUUUGUACACGGAGGAUCAGUUCUACGGGUGGACUCCUGCACACUGGUCAGCGUAUUAUGGCAAGUUGGACUGCUUGCAGCUGCUUGUAACUGCUGGUGUGAAUUUUGACGUAGCAACGCAGCGCUUCCAUCAAACUCCUGCCCAUGUUGCAGCGUUUGGCAACCAACCUCACUGCCUCAUGUGGCUUAUCCAAUCAGGAGCCAGCGUUAAUGCUCAGGAUUACCUUGGUGAAACCCCAGCCCAUAAAUCAGCAAGAAGUGGUGGUUUGGAAUGCCUAGGAAUCCUCAAAGCCAACGGGGCAAUGUUCAGGAUAGCCAACAACAAUGGCCAUAUGCCCAAGGACCUGGCGCUGUCCUGCAACAACAAAUCCUGUGCGAUGUACAUCCAGCAGGUUGAGGGCCCCCCACAUAUUACCAAUGGCUUCUCGUCAAAGCGUGACCUGGGCAGAAAGAGAGGUACCGAUGACAUCACAAACGGGGAGUUGAAGAAGGCCAGAACAGAGGACGGGAUGGAUUCACAACCUGCGUUCAACGGCAAACACUCCAACGGAACAGAGAAUUCUCUGACCUCAAAUGGUCUGUCCGCACCCUCCAUAGGUGACCCCGCCCCUCAUCCCAACUGCAGUAAUGGAACCCAAGCCACGCCCAUUUCUUGCAUGCACCCGCCCCGCCCACAAGACACAGACCCCAAGAAGCUGCAGUCCAGUGAGUUGGUAUCUCGAUACACAGAAGCUGACUUGGGGUCUAACCAUUCCCAACACCAAUCUGAAUCAGCUAUGCAAAUGGAACCUCCUCUGGGGAAUGGUGGUGUAGAAACAAUGGACCUAUCCGAGCAUCACAAUGGUGUGGCCAGUGAAAAAGUCCCCGUGUCGUUAUCAGCUAGUGCUAUGGAGCAUCAGGCUGCGGUGGCUAUGACAUUGGGUUAUAACAAACUGUACGAGUCCACGUACAGCCCGGUUAGCUAUUGUCAUUUCUUUUGAUGAAGAAGAGCAUUCCAUAUUCCUCUCUAGUACGAAUUUGAUUACCUCAUGAUAUCAGAUACAGAGUAUAUUGUUGCCAUGGAAACCAGGUUACCAGGAAACCAAAAUUCGACAAUUAAAUUAACAAUACAUGACAUCAGCAAAUUGGUCAUUGGUCUUUGGGUUUUUUUCCAAACCAAACUAAAAAAAGUAAACAAUUUAUAGGUACAAAUUUGUACAGAAUUCAUGUGAACAAAUUCCAUGUAUCUAAAAAUUAGGACUUUUUUUACAACAGAAUUUUAUUUAGACUGUUAGUGAAAUGUUUGCUGUGUAUGAUUUAUUUUGUUGUAAAUAACAACGUUUGUGUUGAUUUUUGUAGCACACAGAUGAAAUUGAAAUGCUAAAAUAUGUACUGUUUGUAUUAUAAUGCUUUGAACAAUCAGUCGCAUUAUAUUUAAAUUUUAAACUCUGAAAUGUUGUUCAUAACUGUUUUGAUAUUCUAAUUUCCCUUUCCAUUCUAAGCCCCAAGCUACCACCCCCCCUUUUCAAAAGGUACUACAUUUCCCUUCUAACAUACUUAUUAUGAAUUACAAAUGUUUGUUACACUUACGUGUAUGGUUUUUAAAAAAAAGUCAAAUUGAUAUUUAUAAAGUAAAACUGUUGCGAAUACUAUGAGAUAAUUUAUAUUAGAGCAAGUGCCAAGCAUGAAUUUAUUUUGUGAUCAAUCUGAACUAUUGCAAUUUUUUUUUAGGGGAGGGUGCUUUGUAAUUUCUUGGAGAAAAAAAAACAAGUUAUUGUUCAUGCACUGAAAUUCUGUCAGCAGGAAAUAGUAGUUUGCAUAAAAUGUAAAAUUCUGAAUGAGUUUAUUAGUAUUUGAAUACCAUUCAGUUUUUUUUGGUAAACGUUGCUGAUUAUUGCAAUCAGAACAAUCAGACCAUGAAAGUAUUUUUUAAAAGUUGCAUAAAUUAGUAAAAAUUAGGUAAAUUGUUGGUUGCUUUCAUAGUCUUUACCUUGAGAAUGAAAUAGUUAAUUUUAGUUAA